AUGAGUUAUGCUGAAGAUUCAACUGUUUUAGUAACUCAUGCGCAUGUCGAACAUGGUACCGCUGCAAAUAAGACCGAAGUCGAACCACCCUUGCCUGUAGAUUAUUAUCGAUACACUGUCAAACAUGUUGAAAUAUUCAAGGCGCCUAUGGAAUAUAAUGGAACUUUGUCAACUGCCGUCUACACUCCAGUUGACUCAUCCGCUUGCGGGGUUCAACUUGAAGUAGGAAAAGACUAUCUGCUGUCAGGUGCUGUCAAUAACGGUAAACUAAUGACGAACAUUUGUAACCAGCUUCGAGAACCGUCUUACACAGGUGUUACUAUGGAGUGGUCGGCAGUUUCUGAUGAUUUGAAAAAAAAGUUACAGAACAAAGAAUUGUCAUCGUGUGAUUAA